AUGUUGGAGUUUAUGGAGUAUAUUCAACACGCUUGGUACCAUGCCACUCAGUGGAAUCAGGACAACUCGUAUUCCCAGUUGACGUCGACAGCCCGGGCCCUCCUCGAAUUCGAAACGCCGCGCGGCCUGCGCGUGCAUCUCUCUUCUCUUUCGUCGCCGAAGCUGGCCACCUCGUACAAAUUAGGGUCGCUUGGAUUCGUGGAUGGCUCGCUCUCAUAUCUUUACACAUCACAGGCCCUCUUCCCGCCAAGCCGGUCGGCAGCAAUUCAUCUUCGGCAGGUUAUCCAUGGCUACCACCAAGUCCAAGAGCUACGCCCACUAGAUGGGAGGCAGGCCGAGGAUCCCGUCAACAUGGGGCGGCAGCCCGUCUUACUCUAUGGGCGAUUCUACUUGCCGCAAAGCUCGCUCGAAGCCCUCUACGUGCGGCGUCUCAGCUCGACGCAACAGGUCAAACUUUGUGGCGUGAGUGAUUCCCGACUGAAGCAUGGUGGCACGCUGCUUGCCGUUCAUCAGUACGAUGCGGGUAAGUAUGCGACUGAUGCGCUUUACUCCACCGACGGCGGACUGGUUGGCGUGCGUGGCCUCUACAACUUCGGGCCCGACCCUUGCACCACGACUAGCGCCGCUCUGCGCGUGGACGAGCGUCUCUCGGGCCUCUUUAGCCUUGGGGCCGAAAUAUACUAUGGUAGCCUCAACAAGUCGGGUGGUAUGAGCCUCGGCACACGCUUCACCACGCUGCCAGCGCACCCCGGAAUUCCCUUGACGGCCACGUUGACGCUGAAUCCGCUCAUGGGAAAUGUGAGCAUGACGCACGCCGUCAAGGCCGGCCGGGACGUGAGUCUGUGUUCACGCUUCGACUUUAACUUCUACAGCUACGAGAGCGAGCUCAUGCUCGGCUGCGAGAUCUGGAAGAUGAGGCGGCCGCUGCCAGUCUCCGCCGCACGCAGUACCGAGGCCAAACUUGAAUGGAGGCUGGACCCCCCACCCACCCAGAGUCCGACGGCCAGCGAGGUUGCGGGCGUGCUGAAGGCGCGUGUGGAUCAGAAUUGGCGGAUUGGAAUCCUGUGGGAAGGUCGGGUCAAAGAAUUGCUCUUCACCCUCGGCUCUUCCAUCGACAUGCGCCAGCGAGACCAGCCUUUCCAAACCAUUGGUCUCGAGCUGCAGUACUCGUCUUGA